CCGCCUUCUUGGCUAGCAGACGCCCGAGCGACAUGCGACGUCGGCGACGGCGACGAGCAGAAACACAGAACAGAACCACGAAAACAUAACCCUUUGCUUUUAAUCGUGAAUAAUUUAUUUUAAUUUCUUUCGUCAUGGACAAGCCCAGACCCUGUGGUUGUAAAGGAAAGCGAACCUGUUUAUCUUGUGAAGGAGAAUAUGGUCUUCAGCAUGAUGACAUUAGCGACAUUCAGGACCGUGUUUCUUGGGUGAAUACAUGUGUACCUCCGUUUCCAUCCCGUCGUCAGUCAUACCAGUCUUGCCAUGAUAAAAGUCCUGAAGAGCGCAUCAGUUAUUGCACUGGUCCUCUGGAAACUCGGGCUGAAUUUGACUUCUCUGAUGACAGCUACUCAGAAAAUAAUUCUGAUUCAAGAAAUAAUUCUUUAUGUGGUAGGGCUGAUACAGCCUCCUACAGAAGCUCUCCCAGAAAUAAUAACUCCCCUUUUAAUAUGAGAAAAGACAUUGAGCAGAGUCACAUGAAACAGAGAGACCACUUCCCCAAGAAAGUAAGUUCUCAUUUUGGGAGUGAAUUAGAAGCUGAAGUUGAUUGUCCGAGGGAUUUUCUUUCAACAUCAAGCCAGCCCCAGCCAUCCAGAUAUCAUCUAAGACAGCCCAACAAACAUGAAACUAUGUCUAGUCGACAUAGGAAAUCAUUUACCAAAUCUCAUAUUGACGCAUUGAGUGAUAAAACUGAUGCUUCAGAAGUAGAGACAAACUUCAUUCAAAAGUUGCACAGAAGUCAUAGACCCAAAACUGCCACUGGUCUUCAAACAGCUACAGCCCCUCACCCCAAGAGAAAUAUUGAAAGGGUUGGUCUUCACGUUUCUAUUAAUGACUGCGUCUGUAUUGCUUCAAGUGCAGAUUUAGGGACAGCUACUGAUUCAAAAACCAACCUUACAAACAAAAAUAAGAGGCAUGUCUUUACCUGGGCCAGUAGGACACCAGCUGAGAUAAAUGAGUCAACUCCACAACCUCCUCCUCUGCACCAAGAAUCUGGAUCAGGAACACAGGUUGACACUCUCUCCUCAACACCUCAACCCCCAGGAUGUAACUGUAUUUGCCAACCACAAUCACAACCACAGUCUGCUGCUGAUUACUAUCACAUGAUGCAAGGCCGCCAGGAUGAGUUUGGAGGCAGAGAUGGUCAGCAAGGGCCAGAUGCGAGAGGAGGAAGGGAUGGUGUAGGAGGUGCCGGUGCACCAGGAUAUGGACCAGGUGGUGUAGGUGCUGGCGGCUAUGGUGCAGGAGGCGUUGGUGGGGCAGGCUAUGGUGUUGGAGGUGUUGGUGCUGGUGGCUAUAGUGCAGCAGGCUACGGCACAGGGGCCUAUGGUACUGGAGGGUACGGCCCCGGAGGCUAUGGCACUGGAGGCUAUGGUGCUGGAGGCUACGGUGCUGGAGCUUAUGGCCCGGGAGGCUAUGAUACUGCAGCUUAUGGUUCUGGAGCUUACGGUGCUGGAGGCUACCAUGCCGGGGCAACUGGGACUGGUAGCAACGUGCUUGGAGAAAAUAUGGCUGGUUCAAGCAAAGACAAGAAGGAUGGAGUGUAUUCAAGUAGAUCUCGUAAAAGACGAAAAGGAUCCCUCAGGGAUUGGCAAGACCCUCAUAAAUUGUACCCAGACCCUUUGGCAUGGGGUGGAGAGCGCCCUUUCAGAUGGGAAGAUAACUUACGAACAACUGAAACAAAUGCUCUGAUUGCGGUCCAUCCCCAAAGGUGGAUGCCUGUUGGAAAGCAACAAUACAGCCACAACCAGGGUUACCCCUCAUGGCCAGAUGCUAUUACAAAUAUGUUAAUGCCAUGGUCAAGUCCUAUGUGUUAUGACUUCCCUCAGUCUCGUCAGACUAUGACUUGUUGUCCUGGUAGCCAGUUUGACUCCACACCUGCAUGUUGUCCUGUUCCCCUUAGAAACUGUUAUUGUGACAAUAAUGGUGUUAAUGAUUCCUCCCAUCCUCGACAAACAUGUGCAUGCUGAAGUUUUUCUUUUUAACUUACAAAUUAAUCUCUAAACU